CCCCCUACUCCAUCUCUGACCUUCUGCCCACAGGAUGGAACUGCAGGAUCCAAGGAUGAACGGAACCCUUCCUGCGGGUGCUGUGGGCUACAGGCAGGAGCAUGAGGGCUUCCUGCCCAGCCAUGGUACUGCUCCAGGGAGGAAGCCAGUCCAGUUCAUGGAUUUUGAGGGAAAGACAUCGUUUGGAAUGUCAGUGUUCAACCUCAGCAACGCCAUCAUGGGCAGCGGCAUCCUGGGACUGGCCUAUGCCAUGGCCCACACUGGGGUCCUCUUCUUCCUGGUCCUGCUGCUGUGCAUUGCGCUUCUGUCUUCGUAUUCCAUCCACCUCCUGCUGACCUGUGCCGGUGUUGUAGGCAUCCGAGCCUAUGAACAGCUGGGACAGAGGGCAUUCGGGCCAGCGGGGAAGGUAGUGGUGGCCGCGGUCAUCUGUCUGCACAAUGUUGGGGCCAUGUCCAGUUACCUGUUCAUCAUCAAAUCUGAGCUCCCCCUGGUUAUCGGCACCUUCCUGAGCAUGGACCCGGAGGGGGACUGGUUCUUGAAGGGAAACCUCCUCAUCAUCAUUGUCAGUGUGUUGAUCAUCCUGCCCCUGGCCCUCAUGAAACACUUGGGCUACCUGGGAUAUACCAGUGGUCUCUCUCUGACCUGCAUGCUGUUUUUCCUUGUUUCGGUCAUCUAUAAGAAAUUUCAGCUUGGCUGUGCUGUAGGUCGCAAUGAGACAGAAGUGGAGGGCCUCCCUACCCAGGGGCUUAACAGCACCUGUGAGGCCCAGAUGUUCACAGUUGACUCCCAGAUGUCCUAUACAGUGCCCAUAAUGGCUUUCGCCUUUGUCUGCCACCCUGAGGUGUUGCCUAUCUACACGGAGCUCUGCCGGCCCUCCCAGCGCAGGAUGCAAGCUGUGGCCAACAUAUCCAUUGGGGCCAUGUUCUGCAUGUAUGGGCUCACAGCGACCUUUGGAUACCUCACCUUCUACAGCAGCGUGGAGGCAGAGAUGCUGCACAUGUACAGCCAGAAGGACCUGCUCAUCCUCUGUGUGCGCCUGGCCGUGCUGCUUGCGGUGACCCUUACAGUGCCAGUUGUGCUGUUCCCUAUCCGCCGGGCUCUGCAGCAGCUGCUUUUCCCAAGCAAGGCCUUCAGCUGGCCACGGCAUGUGGCCAUAGCCCUGAUCCUGCUUAUCUUGGUCAACGUCCUGGUCAUCUGUGUGCCAACCAUCCGGGAUAUCUUUGGGAUUAUCGGGUCCACCUCAGCCCCCAGCCUCAUCUUCAUCCUUCCCAGCAUCUUCUACCUCUGCAUUGUACCCUCUGAGGUGGAACCUCUCUUCUCCUGGCCCAAGAUCCAGGCCCUGUGUUUUGGAGUACUGGGGGUCCUCUUCAUGGCAGUCAGUCUAGGCUUUAUGUUUGUCAACUGGGCCACAGGCCAGAGUCGCGUGUCUGGGCACUGACCAUACCCUACCUGACCCGGGUCUCUGUGCCAUGCACAUGUGUGCAUGGAGGGGGUCGGAGCUGCUCUCUAGGGUCCCUCCUGCCUGGUGUGUGGAGGUGGCUGGUUCCCAUUAACAUGGCUGUCAGAGGUGGAGGACAACAGAGGCUGCAGAGUGGUCUCCUUCCCUCCUCCCUAGGGUUGCUGAGCUUGGAUUACAGCCCUAAUCCCAACCCCAACCCCACAGGAGGAGGAGGAGGAGGAGGAAGAGGCCAGGUCCUAGGAGAGCCCUUGCCCAGCCCAGUUCUCUCUGCCUCCUCCUGGCUAAAGCUGUUGUCAGGAUUACCCUUGAGCUAAAGGGGAAGAAUAAAGAUGUUGAAUUAC